CAUUUUCUUGCUUUUUCAUUAUUGAUACCCAAGAAGGUAAAAAAGGAAAAUGAAAGGCUCUUGGAACACAAUCAGUCUCAUUCUUAUAACUACUUUUUGUCUCUUCUUUUUCACUUCUAAUUAUCGAGACGUGUUUGCGGCUCCUACUAGACACUUGUGUCAUAAAAAACAAAGAGACGCAAUUCUCGAGUUCAAGAACGAGUUUGAGAUUCAUAAGCCUUGUGCUGAAGGGACUUUGAAGACUGAUUCAUGGGUGAAUAACAUUGAUUGUUGUUCUUGGGAUGGUAUCGGAUGCGAUGCCAAGUCUGGGGUUGUGAUCGAGCUAAACCUUAGCAACAGCUGCCUUCAUGGCCAGCUCCAUUCCAAUAGUAAUAUUUUCAUGCUUCAAAACCUUCGUUUUCUUGACCUUUCAAAUAAUCAUUUCAGUGGUCAAAUCCUAUCUUCACUUGGAAACUUUUCUAAUCUCACAACUCUAGACCUUUCUGAAAAUCAUUUCAGUGGUCAAAUCCCAUCUUCCCUUGGCAAUCUUUUGCAUCUCACAUUUCUUGACCUCACUGAUAACAAUUUUGUUGGUGAAAUCCCAACUUCACUUGGUAACCUUUCUCAUCUCACCAUUCUUCUCCUUGGUGCUAACAAGUUUGUUGGUGAAAUCCCAUCUUCAGUUGGAAAUCUUUCUCAUCUCACUGAUCUUGCCCUCUGUGAAAACAAUCUUGCUGGUGAAAUCCCAUCCUCAUUUAAAAAUCUUUUACAUCUCACCAAUCUUGAUCUCUCACAAAACAACUUAGUUGGUGAAAUACCAUCUUUUUUUGGUAGUUUUAACCGGUUGGUCAGCUUAUCUGUUGAAAACAACAAGUUUAGUGGUAACUUUCCCCUCUCACUACUAAAUCUAACAAAUCUGUCAGAAUUAUCACUCUCCAGCAACCAGUUCACAGGCAUGCUUCCUCCUAACAUGAGUUCACUCUCCAACCUGGAGUUCUUUUACGCAGACGCCAACGCUUUCACUGGUCCUAUCCCUUCGUCUCUCCUCAACAUUCCUUCUUUGACUUAUUUUGGCUUGAGUUAUAACCAACUCAACGGUACUCUUGAGUUUGGGAAUACAUCUUUAUCACUCGUAGACUUACGCCUUGGCAAUAACAACUUUAGAGGGCCAAUCCCCAAAUCCAUUUCCAAAUUAGUAAACCUUGAGGAACUUGACCUUUCCCAUUUCAACACCCAAAGCUUCGUUAACUUUAGCAUCUUCUCGCAUCUCAAGUCACUCGGAAGUCUUCAGCUCUCCCAUCUGAACACUACGACUACGUUUGACUUGAAUGUAAUCUUAUCAAGUUUUAAAUCACUAUAUACAUUGGACCUCUCAGGAAACCGUGUUAUAGCCACAAACAAGAGUUCAGUUUCAGAUCCUCCAUUGUUAGGGCAGUUUAACUUGUCCGGAUGCGGUCUCACCGAGUUCCCAGAGUUCCUAAGAACCCAACACAAAAUGGCGAAUUUAGACAUUUCCAACAACAAAAUCAAUGGUCAAGUACCUGGCUGGUUAUGGAUGCUACCAAAUCUGGAGUACGUGAAUCUUUCCAACAACACUUUCAACGGUUUCCAAAAAUUAACGAAACCUGUCUGGCAACCAUCUAUGAGUUACUUGUUUGGCUCCAACAACAAUUUCACUGGAAAUAUUCCCUCUUUCAUAUGUACGUUGCGCUCUCUAACCGUUCUCGAUUUAUCUACCAACAAAUUCAAUGGUUCAAUCCCUCGUUGUUUGGGAAAUUUUAGUAGUACUCUUCAAGCUUUAAAUCUAAGAAAGAAUCAUCUUUGUGGAGGUUUUCCAGAGAAUAUAUCUAGAAGUGUAAAGUCGCUUGACGUGGGUCAUAACCAAUUGGUGGGAAAGCUUCCAAGAUCUUUGGUUCGUAUCUCUUCUCUUGAAGUUCUCAAUGUGGAAAGCAACAGAAUCAAUGAUACAUUUCCUUUCUGGUUGAGAUCUCUACAAGAGCUACAAGUUCUUGUCCUUCGUUCCAAUGCAUUCCAUGGACCGAUACAACAGACCGGGUUUUCUAAAUUGCGAAUCAUCGACAUAUCCCAUAAUCACUUCACUGGAACUUUGCCAUCAGAUUUCUUUGUAAAUUGGACGGCAAUGUUCUUACUUGGAGAAAAUGAAGAUCAGUCUAAUGGAGAGUACAUGGGUACAAGCUAUUAUAGUGAUUCAAUGGUUUUGAUGAAUAAAGGCGUAGCAAUGGAGCUGGUACGUAUCUUGAAAAUCUACACAGCACUCGACUUUUCGGGAAACAAAUUUGGAGGAGAGAUUCCAAAGUCCAUUGGUCUAUUGAAAGAGCUCCAUGUGCUCAACUUGUCAAGCAAUGCUUUCACUGGCCACAUCCCAUCAUCAAUGGCAAACCUGAUAGAGCUUGAGUCACUAGACGUUUCCCAAAACAAGCUUUCAGGAGAAAUUCCACAAGAGUUAGGGAAACUCUCAUACCUUGCGUACAUGAACUUCUCUCAUAACCAGCUGGUAGGGCUAGUACCAGGGGGCACUCAGUUUCAAACACAGCCUUGCUCUUCUUUCGCGGAUAACCCGGGACUUUUUGGCCCUUCACUUGAGAAAGUUUGUGAUAUCCAUGGGAAAACACCGCAACAAUCUGAAAUGCCAGAGCCAGAAGAAGAUGAAGAAGAGGUGAUAAGUUGGAUAGCAGCUGCAAUUGGAUUCAUACCUGGUAUUGCCUUUGGAUUGACGACGGGAUACAUAUUGGUUUGCUACAAACCAGAGUGGUUCAUGAACCCUUUUGUCCGAAACAAACGCAGAAUAUAACUCAUU